GCUAAAUGAACCAUGAGAGGUUUUACCAUGUCUUACCUAAUAGUGUGUUUCUCGUCUUAAACUUAAUUAGAAGUUCUAAGUGAGGUAACAUAAGAUUGCGGGAACAUGGCUGCUCAAGAGAGAGGGAUAAAUAUGAUGGGAAAGCCGGUUUUCGUCCAUCUCAACGGAGAUAGUUUUAAGAGAAAGCGUAUUGUUGUUAAUAACAGAGACAUGCGAAGCUUUGAAUCUUUCUUAAAUACUGUGGCAGCUAGUUUUCGUACACCAGCUCGAGAAAUAAGGACUCCAGGUGGAAGACAUCGUAUCAGAACGCUUGACGAUCUACAGAGGGACUGUACUUAUGUCGUUAAGGGAAGAGAGCCGUUUAAAAAAAUUGGAUAUGAUGUAAAAGACUCGAGGCCACACCGUUUACCACCCCUCAAAGGACCUGAAGUCAAUUUCCUCCAGCUAAAUCAUCGCAAGUUUGGAAACGUACCGGGCAGAGCCAGGGUGAGCGGUCUACGGAAAAAGGAAGAAAUUAAAACAAUCAUUGUUUUUUGUAAUGGAGUUGUUGCUAAACCAAAAAGAGUCCAGUUGCGAACAGACUUUAAAAUGUUUCAGGUUUUAGAGUCAGUGAAUGAUAAAGUGAGCUCAGUCAGCAAGAAUGGUGCUGUUUAUGAUCUUUUUACCAUAGAUGGUCAAAAGAUAUCAGAACCAUCACAGCUGAAUGAUUGUGGACAAUAUGUUGCUGUUGGGAGAGAACGAUUCUUUGAUAGAAGUGUUACCUACAGUGACCAAGGAGUAGCAACCCAGCUAACUCCAAGAAGCAGGUGAACAGUGUGCCCCCAUACAUGACAGCAAGGAAUGAACCAGAGCCAUUUUCACCCUUUGAUUCUUUUAAAGACACACUAGCUGAGUCUCUUAGAGAUGAUGAGCCAGUGAGACGCCAUGAGAUGGAAAGAAAUGACUCUCCCCAUGAAUCAGAGGUUGAGGAUAUACCCCUAGAGGAAGCUUUACAGAAUCAGGUUGCUGAUGUUCUCGGAGACAACGGUGUUCCAGUUGAUAAUUUUGUGUAUGACAGAAAAGAUAGUUCAGCUAAUGGGAAGCCGUCAGUGUAUGAAGCCAGUGGCGAGAAUAAAGAGGAUGCCAGAGAAAUCCAAGAUGAGAGAGAAACAAUAGAAGACAAGCCCAUCGAUCAAAUGCCAGCUGAAGAGGUUGCUGAUGAAGAAAUCGAAGAUGAAAACCAUCCCAACCCAGAUACUUCUACAGACGAGGUACACAAUGAAGAAGAAAGGGACGAGGUGGAGGAAAAUGUUCAAACGAAAGAUUAUGACAAUGAAAGAGAUCAACCAGAAGCAAGUGAACAAAUUGAGCCAAAUGACACAAAUGAAAGUAUAGAACCACAAGAACAACUUCAGCCAAAAGACACUUACGAGCCACAAGAAGAGAUUACUACAACUGAAAAUAGCGAGGCACAAGAGGAGAUUGUUACAACUGAGAACAAUGAGCCACAAGGCUUUAACCAGCCAGUGGACCAUAAUGAACCAAAAAAUGAUCAUGAACCACAGGAAACUGUACAGUGAAAUUAUUUGUUUUGAUUAUACAGUUAGUAGCGAAGUAGAUGCAACUCGUGUUCUUCAGAGUAAAAACGUGGCUUCUUACACAGUUUUCCCGAAGGAAAGAAAAGAUCAUCUUUUUUUAAGACAGUUUCUCUCCAUGUUAUGCAGUUAAAGGAAAGAAUUAUCGAGGAGGAAUCAUAUUUUUAAGGACUCAAGAUGUGACUAGUUGAUUUACGUUUUUGGAUAAAAGAUUUUAGUUGAUCAUCA